AUGAAAGGAAGGGGACAACUGCAUUCCUUCCUUGUGAACAGUGCCCCACUAGCCGACAGCCAUGCCUGCCCGAGAGCUCUCACGGCAGCGAUCGGCCACCACCGCCAUGCUGUCGCGGCUCUCCGCCCUUCUGCUGGCCCACUCGUGCAGUCGUCUUUUUCCUUUCUCUCUCGUUCGCGCUUCCAUUCUUCGUCUUCGUGCAGCUCAAAGACCACCCCACGCUGGCUUUCUGUACAGCCCGUAAACCCCAGGAUUUCCUCAGGCACGACCGGUGCUGCCUUUCUGUCUUUUCCGCCUUCGGGAUCGUCUCACGUUUCCUCCAGGAUUGCUUCCUUGCUCUCUUCCUCUUUUUCUCCGCUCGCUGCCCCGUCUCGCUCUCUCGUUGUGUCCCUUCCUCCCUCACUAGCGAAAAUCGCCUCUCUCUCUGCCGAGACCCAGAGCAGCGCGCGCGCUGUCGCAAGCUUUCCGAGAAGGCGUUUCUGGUUUUCAGCCAGAGACACCCAAGAAAAACAGACAAAUCGCGAGCAAAACGCGACUGACUCCCAGAGAGAAGGGGCGGCGGAUGGCGCUGGCCGAGCCCAAGAGAAAGACGAGAUGAGUGCCGACGGUGCCAAAGAACCACGUACGCAAGGAGCCCCAGUCGUGACGUUCACCAGCGCCGAUGGGCAGACGAAGCUGCGGUGUGCGUACAGGCCAGGACAGACCGUGUUGAUGGUUGCCUUCGAGAACGACGUGGGAAUCGAGGGCGCAUGCGGCGGCCAGUGUGCAUGCAGCACAUGCCACGUCAUUUUGAGUAAAGCGGACUUCGCCAAGUUCCCUGAAGCAGAUGACGACGAACAGGACAUGUUGGAUUUGGCUGUACAUACAACAGACACGUCGCGCCUCGGAUGUCGGUUGAAACUCGACGAAGACCAUAAUGGUCUAGAGCUCCAGCUCCCAGUGGCGACAGUCAACCAAAUGUACCGCUAG